AUGGCAAGAAGACAACCUACAAAACCUGUAAAUGAUUUGAUAAAAUUUUGGUCUGAACAAGAGGAAAAAAAAAAAGAACAAUCAAUAACAUCACCGAUAGCAAGAUCUCCUACACAUAGUAAAACUUUAUCUCCAAAUGCAUCUACUCCUCCUUCUCCUAGAUCAGAUUAUUUCUCUCAGCAGCAACAAAACCUACAUCAAUUAAACACCAAGUUAUCACCUACAACUUCUCCUCAUAAUAAAAACUCGCAUUUCAACAAAGAUAACAAAGAUGAUCUGGAUAAUAUCAAAUCAUCAUCAGAAAAUCCUCUUUCUAUAGUUCCACUUAAAUCUAUACCACCCGUACCGCCAAAAGGUUCUUACGGCUUGAGCACACUUGAACAAAAUCAGGCUUUACCUUUAUCUCCAACUAAAAAGGUUUCAAAUUUAGUAUCUCGUUUUGAAAAGGUUACUCCUCCUCCUACAUCUCCAACAGCAUUAUCACCAACAAAAAGAAAUUUCACGACUCCUGAACCAAUAUCAUCUCCUACUAGGCCAUCAACAUCACCACUUUCAUCAUCUUUUGAAUUUAAUUUGCCAGAGUCCAUAUUUACUUCAAUAUCAUCAAUUCCAACUGAAUCCAAAACUGUUUUAAAAUUAAAUGGUGAUAAUAGCAACAAUAACAAGAACAAUAAUGAUGGUUUACCAAUAUCAAUUAAAUCAAAAGAUUUGCAAAAUCCUAAAUAUAAAAGUUUACCUCCAUUAGGAAAGGCCUCUUCAACAUCUGCAACUAACGACCCAUCAUUGUCAUCAUCAAAUUUUGAUGAUGUUUUCAAUGAAAUCACGCCAUUUUCUUCGAUGAAAAAACGUACUUCAAUAAUACGUAAAAAUAUCCCAGAAAAUAUUUUUAUCAAUAAAGAUUUGUCAUCAAUCACAGAGUCCGGUUCAACAAAUUUACCAGAACAUAAACCUAUUUCACCAUUAAAGAUAGAUAUUUAUAAAAAUAAUAAAUUAUCGGCUCCACCACUACCAUACCAAAGCUCAUUUUUGUUGCCAACUGUAAAUAUUUUCGGCAAUGAAAGAGAUUCUUGGGGCAUUUUUAGUGAAGUUUCUUCAAAAUAUCCGAUGCACUCUGAUCAAGACUUGAAAACAUCCGAUUCAAAUCACAAAAAUCAACAACAUGAUAACCCUGAUCCAUAUAAGAGUCAUUCCCAAGAAAGUAACAAUCCCUUUUUGGAUAUGACAAACAAUGAAAAUCCUGAUAUCUAUAAAGUUGUAGUAGGUCCAAAACCAACUAAUAAAAGACAUUCUAUACCUACAACACAAGACACAAAUGCUUUUAUAAUGGAGAUGCAGGAAACCAAUAUGGCCAAAUCUGCUUCUGUGCAAAAUGAUGAUAGAACAGCAAAGAAUGGCACUUUUGUCAAACAUAUAAGUGGUACGAUCGAAUUAAUGCAAAAUCUUAGUAGAUUUUUAAAAUCUGACAAAGAUGAAAAGACUGACGAAGUUACUAGAUCUACAUUACCAACUUCACAAUUACCAUCAUCUAAACCACCCAAACCACCACCCAAACCAUACAAAAAGGAUGAUGAUAUUGCUUUAACAAUCGCUGUACGAAAAUCUGGAUCAUUUCAGACAAUCAAUUCAUCUUCUGGUAUUAGAUCUGUAAAGCGUAAUACUCUUAAACCAGUCAAAAUUCCAAAGUAUCCAUAUGGCACUAGAAUACCCGAAAGAAAUACUCUUUCACCUGCAAAUUCACUUAAAAAGAAACAGGCAAAAGAUAAAUCUUUCUUAAAAUAUCAAAAUCAUAAUUUACCAGAAUACGCUACCAAUAAAUCAAAAAUGUCUGUUCUUGUUCCUCAUAAUCUAUCUUCAACUGAGUACGGGAAAAUCAAUAAAUCAUUGCCAGACCUUACCGUUAAACAUCGUCAUGAUAAGUUCAAUAAAGUUUUUCGUAAAAAUAACAUGACUGUACCAGAUUUAACACGCCUCGAUACUUUUUCAAACGAUGAAAAGAAACCAGAUUUUACUAUGGCAAUAAUGACAGAUGCUGUGUUAGAUCCUGCAAAGAUCACAAAAUUUAGUAUAAAUCCUUUUGAUGAAUCAGAGUCGAAUCAACUAUUUAAACCUGGUGCUCCGUGGAUUCAUUUGCCUCAUCUCAACGAAUUCAUAAAGUCAUUACCAGUAACUAAAUUUUCAUCUCCAAAAGAUUUAAUGACAACUGAAGAAUAUGAGAAAUUUAUUGAGAAAGUUAAAAAAGGAAAGAAAGUUGAUAACUCCAUUUUUCCCCCAAUGAAUCAAAUUCCAGAAAAUGUUACCCUAGAUGAUCUCAAAAACAAUGCCAAAAAAUCGAAUAGAUUUAUUAAUCAGGGCCUGCAAAACGAUAUUAUAAGUAAUGCUAUUGAUGGCAUUCUCACCAUUGAAGGAUUCUCACUCGGAUCAAAUAUUAUGAGAUUUGAAAUUGUAAGAGAUUUCAUACAAUUUUUGGCAUUGGCUUUAUCAUUUACAAAUUCUGGAGUUUUGAGUGGCUGGUUACGUGUAAUUUUGAGCAUUAUACCUAAUUUGUUUGGCUUGAAUUUAUCUUUCGUGUUUGGUUACGGUUAUGCUUUCUUUUUAGUAUUUUGUGUUCUUACUUUUAUGGGUUUGUAUUGGUUCAAGCUAAUGACAAAAUAUGAUCCAAAUGCUGAUGUUGAGGGUCUGGAAUCAAGUCCUUGGAAUCUUAGACCAGAAUCUAAAAAACGUCAUAAUAUCGCAAUGAUAUUUCUUCUUACAACAUUGUACUUGCCUGUUUCUAAAUUGUCUAUUGAUGCAUUAGUCUGGGCCGAUACAUUCUGGGUUAUUCCAAAUCCAUAUUUAAAUUCAGAUGAUCCGGUUUUUGAAGACGUAGUGGGUAAUGGUGAUUCACUUCGUGAUUUAAAAGAUUUCUGUUAUGUUACUAGCAUGAAUAAAAAAGAUUUGAAUUUUUCACCAGUUAUAAUUGGUAUCGCACUGGUAACCAUUAGUUUUAUGACAUUUUGGUUCCCCGUUGCGCUCAAACGACUGGUUGAUAAGAAUGUUCCAAAAGUUGAUGCAUACACUGAAACGGGAGAAACAAGGAAAAACAAAGAUGAAGAAUUUAUAAAAUUAAUGGAUAAAGAUACAUGUCCUUACAAUUUUAUAUAUAAUGGAUAUAGUGAAAGAUGGACAAGUUAUAAAUCAUUUAUUAUGGCAAACAAAUUUUUUAGUUUAUUUUUAAUAUCUGUAAUCUCCAAAGAUAAUUGUCUUUUCCGAACUGUUGCGAGAACGAAUAUAGAGACUAUAAGACAAAGCUUGCAAAUAGUAUUGAUGGUUCUCUUGCUUUUGGUCCACUGGAAAAGCGAGCCUUUUAUUUACCGUUCACAAAACACGGGUGAAUAUUGGUCAAGGCUUAGUUAUGUGAUUACAACAGUCUUGGGAUUAUUUAAUAUCCUACAUAUUGGAUAUUUAACAACAAAUUAUAUUAUAAUUUUAGUUAUUGAUUGUAUAGUAACUUUAAUAGUUGUUUGGUAUGUUGUUAAGCAAACAAACAGAUUCCAAAAUUUCAUGAAAAUUAUGAAAAAGCAAUUAGAUUUUUCUUUGAACAUUUACAGUCCAAAAUUAGAUUUCUCAAAACACAUCAAAAGAAGAAUAUGGCAAGAGACAUGGACAACUUUACUUUUAACAGAUGAACAAUUUAAAAUGCCCGAGGGAAAACCUGUUGGAUUUUCUGAAAGUCCAUAUAGACCACCUUAUUUAUUAAAUUUUGGUGGUACUGUUGGAGAAAGACAUGCGGAAAAUUUGAAAAUCAUUAGACAAAUUGGUAUGAAAAAAUACGUUGAAUCAAUGGCACCAUUGCCAGCAUCAUUAAUAACGAUGAGAUCAAAAAUUUUUAAUCGUUUCGUUGGACCUGAUAUGUAUUAUUCACCAGAAUACAUGACAACCAAAAACAAAACAUGCUUUGGUAAGGCUUACGUAGUACCUUUUCCAUUUUCAGUAGUUAUGGUUUAUGAUGAAGAUGAGAAUGUCGUUGUGUUGACACAAGAAUGGGAAAUUAAAAGAUUUAUGCAACAAAAUGAAAGUAAAGAAAUUCAAAGACGUCGUUUAAUUAGACAAAAAAUUAGAGCUUUGGAGGGUAAAUUGAUUAUUGGACCAUGCCGUGAUAAGUCUGAUGUUUUUUCGCACGGUUCUGUUAAAAAUAUUCAAGAUAUGGAUUUCUUUGGAUUGCCAGAUGUUCAUUAUCAUCGUGGUUUGUUAUCUAUUCAAAGAAAUCAAAGAACUAAAUGGCAGGAUCAUAAUAUGAACCCUGGAUUCAUUGUUACCAUUACUUAUGCGAGUUCUAAUAGAUGGGAUGCUGAUGAUGUGGUAAAACAACCUAUAAAGGAACGUAUUGUUGGGCAUGAUGUUAUAGGAAUUACUGAUGAUUUCCAGAUGACACCUCAAUUAGAAAAACUUUUUAAUGAUAAUGAAGAUAUUCUUGAAACUAAUUUAGUUAGUGUUCAAAGUGUUAUGAAGAAAUAUCGAAAGUUUUAUCAUGAUGAGGCGAAAUGGAAAGAAGAUACACUUAGCUACGGAUUUUUUGUCAACGUUUAUGAUAAUCCUUCGAUACCACUAGAAGCAUUACCGGUAUUGUUGGUAUCAACCGAGAACAAUCACCUCGUACAAUCUAUUCCUGAAAGUGACUACCCAAGUUUAGUUUAUUUGUAUGAACGUAUGAGAAUCGUUAAUUUAUCAAGAGUUCAUCAAUGGUGGUACUUGUUUUGGGAAGACUUGUGGAGAAAAAAUAAUAAAGAGAUACCACAUUUAUCUAAAAAUCCACGGGAUUUUUCACCUGCAUAUAGUGUUAGUAUAUGUUACAAGCCAAUGACAAGAUUAGAGCUGGAAGAAUUUUUGGAAAAAAGAGGGUGUUGGCAAAAUGGUGGCAAAAAAGGAUUUUUGCAUUCUGGUGUUUUAAAUAGGAUAUAUUUGUAUUUAAACAAUGUUGUAUUUCACGGAAAGUCUAAAAAAGGUGGCGAGCCUAAAAAAUGGAGUAUAAUGAAAGGGGAUACAAUUGAUGAUAAUGAUAGUGAUUAUCAUUUAUUACAUAAUAGAGCUAAUAAAAAAUCAAUGAGAGAAAGAAUAUUAAUAAUGAAAGAUGUAAUGUUGAGAAGAAAAGAUAAUUUUCCAAAGACAAGACCUUUCUUUGUACUACAUGAAGAAGAAUCUCAGAGUGAUAGUGAUGGUGUUAACUCUGGAAGUGAUGAAGAAACAUGGUGGUAA